CGGCACUUGGAAUAAACAUCGUCGCGAUAUCACUGCCCCUCUGUCCAUCUUUAUUAUUAGCGCUUCGCUCCGCCCUCCUACCUGUAAAUCUCCCCGCUCUCCUCUGGAGCGGAUCUGACAGGCGCUCUCAGCUGGCCGCUCCGUGCCAGGGCUGCAGGGGAUCGAAUGGAGACGGUGACAUCCACCCGAGCGCUCGUCCUUUUUACGCAGAAUUGACAGCGAAAAACGCCCGCAAGAUUAUGUAGUCUUUACGCGCCGCGGAGGCAGCGAAAGCAAGUGUAAUAUUAAGUGUGUGUCUUUGUGGUUUUGUUGCACAGUCGCUUUGAGAAAGUGAAAUCGAUCGAUCGAAUUCUCCGCCUGCUAAUCGACAGGAUCCCUGAAUGGAAGACGGCUAGAGGAGGUCGCCUCGCCGAGAACAGGCUGCUUACAUUUCUCACUGUCGCUGUUUACCACCACCAGAGGAACCACUGGCAGCCUCGACGGCUGCAGACGACGCCGUCUUCACCAUGGCUUUCGGUGUGGAAGAGCCAGAGAGCCCCUCAGACUGAGACGCGCUGAAGAUUCGUCAGUAUUGCGGAUUUAAAUGCCUCUCACCAAGGGCCACCGACCCGCUGUUUUAGUCAGGUUCGCGUGUGCGGUGCCUCACGCUGUCACGAAUAAACAAUUCAUAGGCUGCUAAAACACAGAAAAAGAGACUCCAUCGGGUGGGUGAACAUAAUCUACAGCGAAGAGGGGGAUUUUUUUUCCAAGCAAUAUGGCUGGUGAGUGGGGCUGGGGACGCUGGCACAGGCUCUCCAAGGCUCCUAAAUGCUAGCUGAGGCAGAUGGCACCGUUCCCCAUGGCAGCGACAGCUCUAUGAGGACAAGCAAUAUCAUUAAUAAUAUAAAUCCGGACUCUUCAAUCGUGAUAUCCAAGAUGGAAGACGUUGUCAUCCCGUUCUCGUCCGAGGUGCCCUGCGACAAUAAUGGACAGCGCAUGUGGUGGGCAUUCCUCGCCUCCUCCAUGGUGACGUUUUUUGGGGGUCUCUUCAUCAUCCUGCUGUGGAGGACCCUCAAAUAUAUGUGGACUGUUUGCUGCCACUGCAACAUCAAAUCCAAGGAGGCCCAGAAGGUGAUCAAUCCCGCAAACAAUCAGGCAGCAGACAGACCGAAGGGUGAUGAGAAGGAGGAGGCCCCAGUCAGCGAGGUGGGAUGGAUGACUUCUGUCAAAGACUGGGCUGGCGUUAUGAUCUCCGCUCAGACACUCACUGGCAGAGUUCUGGUGGUGUUGGUCUUUGCGCUCAGCAUCGGGGCCCUUGGGAUAUACUUUAUAGACUCCUCAGAUCCUAUAGAAUCCUGCCAGAACUUCUACAAAGAUUUCACGUUACAGAUCGAUAUGGCAUUCAACGUUUUCUUCCUCCUUUACUUUGGCUUGCGGUUUAUAGCAGCCAAUGAUAAACUGUGGUUCUGGCUGGAGGUCAACUCAGUGGUCGACUUCUUUACUGUUCCUCCCGUGUUUGUUUCUGUCUACUUGAACAGAAGCUGGCUCGGCUUAAGAUUUCUGAGAGCACUAAGAUUGAUACAGUUUUCAGAAAUUCUGCAGUUUUUGAAUAUCUUGAAAACAAGUAACUCCAUUAAGCUGGUGAACCUAUGUUCCAUCUUCAUAAGCACAUGGCUCACAGCGGCUGGAUUCAUACAUCUGGUGGAAAACUCAGGGGAUCCUUGGGAAAACUUCCAGAACUCCCAGUCGCUUUCCUACUGGGAAUGUGUCUAUUUACUGAUGGUGACAAUGUCUACAGUGGGCUAUGGGGAUGUCUAUGCAAAAACCACCUUGGGGCGUCUGUUUAUGGUCUUCUUCAUCCUGGGUGGUUUGGCCAUGUUUGCCAGCUACGUCCCUGAAAUCAUAGAGUUAAUAGGAAACCGAAAGAAAUAUGGUGGUUCCUAUAGUGCGGUUAAUGGGAGAAAGCAUAUUGUGGUCUGUGGUCAUAUUACCCUCGAAAGUGUCUCCAACUUCCUCAAAGACUUCCUACACAAGGACAGGGAUGAUGUCAAUGUAGAAAUUGUUUUUCUCCAUAAUAUUUCCCCUAAUCUUGAGCUGGAAGCCUUGUUCAAACGACAUUUUACCCAAGUAGAGUUCUACCAGGGAUCUGUGCUUAACCCUCACGAUCUGGCCAGAGUGAAGAUCGAGUCAGCAGAUGCCUGCUUAAUCCUAGCCAAUAAAUACUGUGCAGAUCCUGAUGCUGAAGAUGCCUCCAACAUCAUGAGGGUCAUUUCGAUCAAGAACUAUCAUCCCAAGAUCAGAAUAAUCACGCAGAUGCUGCAGUAUCACAAUAAGGCCCAUCUGCUGAACAUUCCAAGCUGGAACUGGAAGGAGGGUGACGAUGCUAUCUGCCUGGCGGAGCUGAAGGCAGGCUUCAUUGCCCAGAGCUGUCUGGCCCAGGGCCUGUCCACCAUGCUAGCCAACCUCUUCUCUAUGAGGUCCUUCAUUGAGAUUGAGGAGGACACAUGGCAGAAGUAUUACCUAGAAGGGGUGGCUAAUGAGAUGUACACAGAGUAUUUGUCCAGUGCCUUUGUCGGCCUCUCCUUCCCCACUGUCUGCGAGCUGUGUUACGUGAAGCUGAAGCUGUUGCUCAUUGCCAUCGAAUACAAGUCUGAGCAGAGAGAGAGCAGAAGCCGAAAGCGCAUCCUCAUCAACCCGGGCAACCAUGUCAAGAUGCAGGAGGGAACACUGGGGUUCUUUAUCGCCAGUGACGCCAAAGAAGUAAAGAGAGCAUUUUUCUACUGCAAAGCUUGUCAUGAUGACAUCACAGACCCUAAGCGGAUCAAGAAGUGUGGCUGCAAACGACUAAUGGAUGAAGUUAGACCGUCUUUUCAAAACCGAUCAGUUAAAACCACUGGCUGCAACUCCACCUCCAUCACCACAAAUGCAUUCCUCCCCAACAACUUGCACCCCAACCAGGAGCCCCUGUUCAACCCGGGCAAACUCAACAUCCCCCUUGUUAAUAACCGUAAAGGAAGCCUGCUCCCCAUGGGGCCGGGGCUUGGGGCCGACCCCUCGAAACUGCGCCUCAGUAUCUCAGGUCCAGGAGACGUGGCGGCCAGAUCCCUGGCUGAGAGUCGGCUGAACCGGGCCCGCAGUCUGCCGGUGAAAUACCGCUACCACCCCAGUAAUGCCAUGCUGCUCAGUCACAGUAGGCACUUCGAAGACGAGCAUCCGUCAACUCUCUCGCCCAAAAAAAAGCAGCGCAACGGAGGGAUGCGAAACUCACCCAACUGCUCGCCCAAAAUGAUGAGUCGACACGACCCCCUUCUAAUUCCUGGAAAUGAACAAAUCGAGAGCAUGGACAUGAACGUGAAGAGGUAUGACUCGACAGGGAUGUUUCACUGGUGCCCAUCAAAGGACAUCGAGAAAGUCAUCCUGACCCGGAGUGAAGCCUCCAUGACAGUACUGAGCGGCCAUGUGGUGGUCUGUAUAUUUGGGGAUGUCACGUCCGCUUUAGUGGGGCUGCGAAACUUGGUGAUGCCUUUAAGAGCCAGCAACUUCCAUUACCACGAGCUAAAGCCUAUAGUGUUUGUGGGCUCGCUGGACUACCUGCGAAGAGAGUGGGAGACUCUACACAACUUCCCCAAGGUCUCCAUCUUACCGGGUACGCCAUUAAGUCGGGCAGAUUUAAGGGCUGUCAACAUCAACCUCUGCGACAUGUGCGUAAUAUUGUCAGCCAAUCAGAACAAUAUCGAAGAUGCCUCGCUACAGGAUAAGGAAUGCAUCUUGGCAUCACUCAACAUCAAAUCUAUGCAGUUUGAUGACAGCAUCGGGGUCUUACAGGCUAAUUCCCAAGGUUUCACGCCUCCUGGAAUGGACAGGUCAUCUCCAGACAGCAGUCCAGUACAUGGCUUUGUGCGUCAGGCUUCUGUCACCACCGGAUCCAACAUCCCCAUCAUCACAGAACUCGUGAACGACUCAAACGUUCAGUUCCUGGACCAAGAUGAUGAUGACGACCCAGACACAGAGCUGUACCUCACUCAGCCAUUCGCCUGCGGCACCGCCUUCGCUGUCAGUGUACUCGACUCCCUGAUGAGCGCGACAUACUUCAAUGAUAACAUCCUCACGCUGAUUCGGACGCUGGUCACAGGGGGAGCCACACCAGAGCUGGAGGCCCUGCUGGCUGAAGAGAACGCCCUCAGAGGAGGCUACAGCACACCGCAGACACUGGCCAACAGAGACAGGUGUCGUGUCGCCCAGCUCGCCCUCUACGAUGGGCCAUUUGCCGACUUGGGGGAUGGCGGCUGCUACGGGGAUUUAUUCUGUAAAGCACUGAAGACGUACAACAUGCUGUGUUUUGGAAUCUACAGAUUAAGAGACGCUCACCUCAAUGCACCGAGCCCCUGUACAAAACGGUAUGUGAUCACGAACCCACCGUACGAGUUUGAGCUCGUGCCCACAGACCUGAUCUUCUGCCUCAUGCAGUUCGACCACAACGCAGGCCAGUCCCGGACAAGCUUGUCCCACUCUUCCCACUCCUCCCAUUCCUCCAGCAAAAAGAGCUCCUCCGUCCACUCCAUCCCGCCCUCCAACCGGCAGAACCGCAGCAGUAAGACCCGGGAGGCCCGCGACAAACAGAAUGCAACAAGGAUGAAUAGAAUGGGCCAAGAAAAGAAAUGGUUUACAGAUGAACCAGAAAAUGCCUACCCACGGAACAUUCAGAUCAAGCCCAUGAGCACUCACAUGGCCAACCAAGUCAACCAAUACAAAUCCACUAGUAGUCUGAUUCCACCAAUCAGAGAAGUUGAAGAUGAAUGCUGAACACAGGGUUUUCUUGCUGACUCACCAGACAUCUGUACGCUCUUUCAAAAGAGAUGGGAGAUCACCCAUGGAGGAUUGAUGAUGAUGAUGAUGAUGAUGCUGAUGACGACAGGGAUGUUGAAGACUGACACAUUUCUCUUCACUCAUUCUUCUAAUCAAGGGUUGGACAGAAACCCGAACUGGAAGGGACCUCCUAUGUGUAUACCUUUAAUGUUACUUCCAUGCUCUUGGACAUUGUUUUAUUUAUUAAUGUAUCCAUAGUGAUGUACAUAAUGACAAUCAAAUAAGGAUUGUACAGCCCCUUCCCCCUAGCACUUUUUGGAAUUAUUUUAAGAGUCGACAAAAAAAAGAGGAAAAAAAAAAAAGAGUACUUCCUGUAAUUCUUUGCAAUAGUUCACCUCUUCGUGUGACCAGACUCCAUGCUAAGGUGACUGGUUAUUGGAGGAUGAGGGUUGCAGCGAUAAACUGAUCAUGUCAUCUCCCAAAGAUCCACCCAGAUGCGUCACGUCAAACCAGCUGGGUCCAUCAACUUCAUAUCUCCUGUCUGCUUCUGUUCUAUUUGCACUAAAACUGAACAAGUUUCUUUUGACAGAACAACUGGAACCAUCUGAUUCCCCCCAAUAAAUGUCGCUGAGGAGAGGAAGGAAGGAAGCAAGGAAGAGGGAGGGAGGGAAGCUUGGCUUUGGAGGCAUACUAAUCUUGCUCUUAGGUCGUUAUACAUCAUGUCAUUGCUUAAGGUUUGCUAGUUCACCGUUGACUCGUCAUGUUGAGUGAGAGCAUUCCAGUCCUGCAGAACAUAAUCAUCUUGCAAAGCAGUAGUCUAAAAAACUCAGAGAAUGGUGCAGUGUUGGUGAACGCUGGCUGAAGGAGAACCCUGUACCUACAUGUCUUCUGCUGAUACGUCAGAUCAUAAAGCCUGUGACUCUGUUCAAAGCUCCUAUCGCAUGAUAUGUGCCUGAGCCCCCUCUAUAACAGAAACAGUGCAGUUGAUCAACCUGAAUACAUGAGAAGGAUGAAAAACAACCUACCCUGUCCUUCAUGCAUUCAGGAGCAUUUACGUUAUGUGCACGCUGUGUGUGUGUGUGCGCGCUGUGUGUGUGUAUGUGUGUGCGCAUCGCAGCCAUUCGUCCUGAUCAGUGCUGUCAUCUCCUCCAUCGCCGUGUAUGUGAUGGUGCACCUUUGAAGGAGCAGCAUGUCGGAUCUUUGCUCUAAAAAUGAAAGUCAUGGUAGAGAAACAAAACAAUAGAAGAGGGUUUGGAUCUACUAACAAAAUUAUGGUGUUGCAUCAAAAAUGAAACCAAAAUCCCCAACUAUUGUUGAGCAGAGCGAACCCGAACAGCAGCUGCGUGCCCACCGUUGACGCUUUGCCGUGAAACCCACGGCAGAAUUUGGGAUCACAAAGAAGAGUGGUGUAUUUUCUGAAUGUUUUGUCUGUUACAAAAAACUUCACGUCUGUAUAUGGAAAGAAAUGCCACAUAUUGCAUAAAAGUGGGCAUCAACGGGUCCUCCUUUGAUCAAAGCAACUGCCUGGCACAGGGUUGGCACAGAGGCGGUAAAGAGCUUGGAUGUUCUCUGUUGCCAAUCCAGAUGUCACACGCCUCAAAACUCUCAGGAGUUAAGCUGCUGUGUUCGGUCCUCUAACAUGGGGAGAUGCUCAAACAUAGUUGGGUUGAAAUGCAACAAUGCCACAGACUGCUAAUAAGGAUACUGGAGAGGAACCAGUGUUCUUUAUGCUAGCCUGUGUGCAACAACGGAGUGUAUAUCGCACUAGUUUAGGCACCGAUAGAUCCAAAUCGAGCUGUGAUAGUGAUGGAGGAUUGAGGUGGUAGCCUUGUACUCCUGAUACGUAAACUUCAUGCAAAUAUGUAGUUGGAUUUAUACAUUUAAACACACUUAUUUUGUAUCCAUGAACAUAAUCAAUUUGUACUUAUUUUUCUAGACAAGAACCAAGUGAACAGUACUAAGGAAGAUAAAAAAAGACUUAAAUUAUAUCUUUAAUUACAACUACAUAUCAAAGGAUUUUGUUUUUGACUGUAUCAUCAUUUAUUUCACAUCAUACUAAAACAAAAGAUUAUUUUUUUACCUCCCCGCUUGCCCCCUCUUUAACAAACUGCAUCACUCUGGAGCCAGUAAAGCUUAGACUAGCUUGCAUUGUGAAACCACCAUCUUCAGCCUGGCAGCUCAGCUCUGUUGAGUGCUUGUAGAAAUAGAUUAAGGCUCAUCUGGAGCUUCUUUCAGUUGCACAGAUGAGCCGCAUCUACUAAAUAAUGCGCCUACUACUAAGCAUCCCUAGCUGUGAACAUACAGACAGAACGAUAGGUGAAAAGGAAUUAUGUAUUGGGGGGGUAAAUGUUGUAUUUAGACGGAGAGCGGAUCAGAGUGGUAAUAAUAAUGAGAAGAUCAUAGAGUUGCUCCCUCUGUGUGCAGGCCAGAACCGAAUGACCUUCAUUAGAUGUGUUUGACCUAAAUUAGGUCCCUAGUGCGGAGGAAGAGUGUGUACACUAAAGCACAGUGUGCUGGUGUUUUCCACAAAAUAUGAUUUUUAAUAGGACAGGGAGAUGCUGUCUGAUUAUUGCAGUGAUUCUCCUCUAUAGGCUGUAAAGGAAAAGUAAUUCUAAAAAAAUAAAAUAAAAAAGAAUAUUUGGAAUAUGGAAAAGAACAUAAUAUUGUGCUAAAUAUGUUUGUGUAAAUUCAACCCAUUAUAUAAACCACAUUUCUUUUUCAAACAAAAUGAUCUGAGCUUCAAUGUACGUCUAUUGGGUGUGGUGCAACUAUACUGAAGCCUCAUACACAUUGUCCUGAAGUGAACUUUUGAACUGUGAUUACAUCGUCGUCACACUUUGUAGCAAAUAGAUUUCUUUUCAGAAAAUAUGUGAGUAAAAUGUAUGUAUAAUUGGGUUGUUAAUGGCAUACUUGCUAGCCUGAACAAUAAGGAUCUAUUAAUAUUUGAUAAUGGCAAUGACGCAUUAUACAUAGAAUCGACAAACUGAUUGUUAUGUUGAAAAAAAUAACACACAAAUGUGUAUCUUGAAAAUGAGAGACUCUGGAUUUUCUGUGGGAGAAUAUUCAAGUAGGAAAAGUCAGGCGGAAUUUGAUCUGGUUUAUCAGCCAUCACAAAGAUGGAAGGUAGCACCAAUUCAGCAGAGGUUAUCAAAAGAGAGAACAUCCUUAAUUUUCCUGUUUUUAUUACUUUGCGUUAUUACAGGGUUUACAUUCCAUUUUGUCAGCUUGUCAUCUGUCACAAUCUGUCACAACUGCUUCAUAUUUGUUUACAGAGUAUUUUAUGAGGUACUUAAACAUAGCGUUGUUCAAAAAUGAAACGGUACAUGCUGCAAACUGGCAUCAACAUGAACUCACAAAGUAAUGCACCAUUUGUUUUCAUCACACUUGAUUACUGUGCUUUUUCUACCUGAACCCUCAUUGUGCAACGCAUUCAGGCUGGCAUUAUUCACAACACUGGACUGAGAUGUCUCUCCUUCCUACACCUUGUCAUAUGUCUCUAUUAGAUGUUUUAGGUCUUUGCAUUGUAUACCUCUAAAGUUUUUAGAGUGUUUUUUGAAGUGCCAUGAAGAGUUUAGUUGAGCAAGCAUCCUUCAGUCAUUCAGGGACACAAGCUCGAUUUGAGGGAGCUGAGUCCAAGUGUUUUCCACUGUGAGAACGGUGUCUUGUACUGGGAUGGAGAACAUCCAAGCCAUCAUUGCCUCCAUACCAGUAUAGUGCCAGGCAGUGCAAGAGGUCAAGAGGAGGGCCCAUGUUAAGUCCCACUAUAGCGAAAAGUGGCAUUCAGGAGGCCUGAGCGGCAGCCGGGGCAGAUAGAUAGGAGCCCCGGUCAUUAAACCACACAUAACGUCUCCGCUAUGUGUUUGGUUACAGGCUAUCAGGUUGUGUCAUGCAGUGCAGUUACAUGUGGAUGACUGAAAGAUGCACAUAGAGGCACAUGCCUGUAACAUCAGAUGUGUUGUUGUCCACUGAACAAAUCAAAGACUACGAUGCGUCAAUAUGUUACUGUUACAGUAUGUUGCAUUAUUUUUGUUAAUCUAUUUUUUGCUGUAAAGGAUGGAUAUAAUAACUUAUUUGCUGGGAAUUGUAGUAGAUAUAAUAGAUCAUAUAAUACUUACGGGAAUGGGAGGUGGGUCUCAAGUCUUAACAAUACAUUAAAAUUGCAUUCAGCAAUUUUUUUUUUUUUAAAGAAGAGUUGCAAUUUUUGUUAAUUUCUUUUGGCUGCCUAUCAGUUCAGGAAGAAUUCAGGACAUUGCUCUUGCGUAUCACGGAUAGGAUUUGUUGGCACAUCGUCAUUGCAGCAAACAGGAGUUUGACAUAGCAGUCUAAUUAGUUUGGAUGUGUUCUAGAUAUGAUGGAUAAAUGGAUUAUUUGAUGGUGCUGAGUUGAUCUACCUGACUCUGUCAAAUAUAAUCUGCUGAUAAAUAUACUGUCUUGUACAAAAAGUUUGUACAUAGAUUGUACAUGGUUUCUUUUUGUAUUUUCUCAAAUUAAAAUGGAUGUAUUUGUGUUCUAAUCCUUGAAACUCCUUUUUUUAUUUCAAAUACAAGAAAAUAUAUUCCUUUAUCAUUGCAAUGUCAGUAUGCCAUGGCAAUGUUAUAAAAGGUUUGAUACUGUCAUAUGCUGUGAAAAACUCAUAGAAAUGUCUUAUAAUAAAAGUUUAUUGUAAAGUACUGCAAAAAACUCAUAAAAUAUGUCAUAGGAAAGUAUGUCGUCAAUACAUCAUUAAAAUGUCAUACUGUAGUAUGUCCUUAAAAAACUCAUUAAAAAGUGUCAUAGCAUAGUAUGCCUUGAAAAGAAAAAAUCAGAAAUGUCAUAGUA